AAGUGUUUUCAAUGAAAUGAAUAUCAGUGCAGUGUUUGUGAGUGUUUUAUCCAUUGUGAGCAGCCAUCAAGUGUAAAAUAUGUAUGAGGCCAGAGGUCCAGCAAGAAGCGCCACGAUUCAGGGAGCAGAGCCAAGACAAUAAUAUCUAUGUCAGAGCUGCCAACAACAAGAGCAACAACAGCAACAACAAGAGCAACCACCGUAACCACAACAACAAUGGGCCACGCCCCUUGCCCCCGUUCGCAUUGUGUGGGCAAGCAGCCAGGCCAAAAGGGGGCGUGUCACAGUGCUGGCCACAUAUUUAAUGCUAAAAGUUGUUGAAGUGGCAAGAGGCGCAGGCAGGAGACGCGGCCAUGCACUGAGGGAAAAAUCUUAAGUACUUCGCAGACAGAGAAAUUGAGAAUA